CUUCCCUACCAAUUAGAACUUGGAACAUCUUCAUUGUGGGCAUCCUUUCCCAUACUACCUCAUUCUAAGAACUCAUAACUUCCUCCGAUCAUAAAAACUGGCGAAAUUCCCAGAUACCACUCUUGCCUAUGUUACCAGUAUUAGAAUCAGUCCCCAAUGUUGAAUAAAACAUUCCAAGGUCCUCAGAAAGGCACACACCCUUUGGUCUGGUUUGCUGCCAUCAUCUGCACCAUCGUCUCCAUUGCUGUGAUCAUUGCCGGUGUCGUGGUUUUCGUGGGGUACAUGGUCAUCCACCCAAGGGUACCCUUCAUCAAGGUCACUCAAGCACACCUCGACAAGUUCCAAAACGAUCCGACUAGCCUGCUUGAAACUGCAAUCACCAUUAUUGUGAGGGCUGAGAACGACAACACCAAGGCGCAUGCAAGCUUCUCCGACUUGAAAUUCGCCCUCAGCUUCCAAGGGCUGAAGAUAGCAACGUUGGUGGCGCCACCUUUUGAUGUAAAGAAGAACAGUUCUGUGGAUUUCAACUAUGUGGUGGAUUCGUCGUCGAUACCAUUGAGUUCCGAGCAGGUGGAUCAAGUCGACGGUUCUUUGAAGAGAGAUAGAAUCAGUUUCGAUUUGAAGGGGAAUGUUAGAGCAAGGUGGAGAGUAGGGCUGCUUGGUUCAUUUAGGUUAUCGGGUCAUUUGAACUGCCGACUAAACUUUCAUCCGUCGAAUGGGAGCUACAUAAAGUCACCUUGUAUCUCCAGGGUUAAGUAAUUAAUUUGUUCUAUCGACCAUUUACUUCAUCUUACUUACGAGCUAAUUCGUAUAAACUCUUUCUAAAUUUAGUAUGUACACAAAUGAGACUGAGUCACUGAGGUCCUCGAGGUUAAGAGUCUCCUUAACUGUGUUCAUAACUCGAUCACUCUUCUUGUUCCUCUUCAAUCUCCAUCAUUUUAUCUUCUACCUCGAUUCCAAUUUUCGUGUUCAGCAUUGCGUGGCGGAACUAAUCGGGUCGGAUUGAAUCGAAGUGAUUGUUUCUCUUUUUCUUACGAAGCAAGGAAUUAGCAUGUAUUUGUUUUCUUGUUUUUGUCUUAUUUUUGUACUGCUAAACUUCAGCAUUCAAAAAAUAAAUUAAUAACAAGA